UAAAUGCCGUUCAUCGUCGUGGGAAUACACAAAACGCGGAAAUGCGUAAGAAAAUCAAAGAAAAACGUGCGAGAACAUCAGAGAGUGAAAACUUUUGUUAAAUAAUAUAUUUAAGAUGUUUUCCCCUUUUUUUUUUGGAGAAUUCAAACAGAAGUGUUAAAAUUCAUAAACCAUGCCAAAUCUUAAACCAAAUCCAGUACCGACAGUACGCCUGAACAAAACUAACCAAAACCGUCAAAUACCGAAGAAACUACGCAAUCAAAUGGCUGGGCAAGGAAACCAUUUCUAAUACUUUCCUCUACUCACUGCUACUCCAACAACUUCAAAUCAUGUCAACACCGAUUGGUCCGAUACCUUGCGGCUUGAGCUGCCCCAACUGUGGGAAAAAUGUAACCUCGCGUCUGGAAUACCAAGCUUCGACGAAGACACACAUUCUUGCCGUACUUCUCGCUGGAAUGCUCUGUCUGCCUUGCGCCUGCGCUUUGUACUGUACGAAAUGCGCACGCAGUGUGGAACAUUAUUGUCCGUCUUGUAAUGCCUUUGUGGGAGUUUACGACCAUUAAAAAUGUUUGGAGAUAUUCGUUAAGCGUAAAAAACAACUAAAUACGAAGUCAAGAAAAAUAAUUUUGUUGUUUAACUUUUAAUUAAUUUGUAGAUUUUUUUAGCUCUCUUUUAGAAGCAUUGUAACGUAAUUAGUGGAUUUUGAUGCAUUUCUACUGCUAACCCACAACACAAGGCAGUACAGCCAAUUCGAGUAAAAAUGUCAAAUAUAUAAAAGUGUAUAACUUGUUUCUUUCAAUUGAACAACUAAAGUUUUUAUAGCACUGUAAAUUUUAAUAAAC